ACUGUGUGCUCAUUUUGGAUCAUCUUCUUGUUUUCAACGUUGCUGCUGCUGUUUGGCUUGCUGUCAUCAGGACUUCCUUGAGAUUUUCCCCAAAAGGACCCUACACUCCACCCAUAGGACUGCACUGUAAAGAGGUUUUUUUCUUCAAAAUUGUGGUGAAAAAUGAAUGGCCCAGCUGAUCCCUCAAACCCACUCUUCAAUUGCUCAAACCCAUCAAAUUUCUCUUUGGAAACUUCAGAGCGAUGUGGCAAAGAGACACACCUCGAGAACAUCCUUUUUGCCACUUUCUACUUCCUGGACUUCAUCCUGGCAGUUGUUGGCAAUGCCCUGGCUCUUUGGCUCUUCAUCCGGGACCAAAAGUCAGGCACACCUGCCAACAUUUUCCUGAUGCACCUUGCUGUGGCUGACCUGUCCUUUGUGCUGGUACUUCCCACCCGGCUGGUGUACCAUUUUUCUGGUAAUCACUGGCCAUUUGGUGAGAUUCCAUGCAGACUCACUGGCUUCCUUUUUUACCUUAACAUGUAUGCCAGCAUCUACUUCCUCAUGUGUAUCAGCGUGGACCGUUUCCUAGCCAUUGUGCACCCUGUAAAGUCCAUCAAGCUCCGCAGGUCCCUUUAUGCCCAUUUGGCUUGUGCCUUCCUAUGGGUUAUUGUUGGGGUUGCGAUGGCACCUCUGCUGCUCAGUGUGCAGACAGUCGAGAUGAACAACACAACCAUCUGCCUGCAGCUCUACAGAGAAAAGGCAUCACGUCAUGCUCUUGUGUCCUUAGCAGUGGCAUUCACCUUCCCAUUUGUUACUACUGUGACUUGUUACUUAUUAAUCAUCCAGAGCCUGAAGAGUGGGAACAGAAUUGAGAAACACCUGAAGGAAAAAGCUAUCAAAAUGAUCAUCAUGGUCCUGAUGAUCUUUCUGGUUUGCUUUGUACCUUAUCAUGUCAAUCGCUACAUUUAUAUUCUCCAUUACAAUGGAACCCAAACGUCCUGUGAAACACAGCGUAUUCUAGCUCUCAGUAACCGCAUCACUUCCUGCCUCACGAGUCUAAACGGUGCCUUUGACCCAGUCAUGUAUUUCUUUGUGGCUGAGAAAUUCCGUGAGGCUUUGUGCAAUCUCUUUUGUGUUAAGAAGACUGUAAUGUUGCCUCAAACGUAUGAGGGUAAGACAAAUGAAAGCUCACUAAGUGCUAAAUCGGAACUGUGA